CUCUGUGGUCGAAACCUGCUUGUCAUCUCGGCGCAUCCUCAAGAUCAACUUGCUGUCAUUCCCUCGGCCUACGACAAUCGCGGCCAUGAAUCCUGUAUUGUAGACGAUUUUCCCACGACGACGCUCCCAUGCCCUGAGGUCACCUUUCCGACUCCGCCCUGAGUACCUCUCAUCUCCUCCCUUGCAACCCGCGACAACCGGCCCGAAACUCAUUGCUGCCUCGAUCCAAUCCCCCGCUCAUUCAUUCUCCGAAACAUAGCCACUUCUCUGAGUUUUAAAAACGAAGAAUACACGCCAACUCAUGGCUUCAUAUGGCCACGCGCCGCCUGCAGCGGUGCCUCGGCCCGCCAAUUACGGGGUACCCUACGCCGCCCCCGCGCCUGUGGCUGUUUCUGGCGCGCCGGCCGGCACCUUCUCGCCCGGAACCAAAAUCCAAGUCGGGAGUCAUCGCGUCGUCAUUCAGAAAUACCUCUCAGAGGGCGGCUUCGCUCAUGUCUACCUCGUGAAACUGUCGUCGCCGGUCAAUGGGACGGACCAGGCCGUGUUGAAGCGAGUCGCUGUCCCGGACAAGGAGUCGCUGCGGGGGAUGCGCACCGAGGUCGAGACCAUGAAGAGACUCAAGGGCCACCGGGCCAUUGUCACCUACAUCGACUCGCACGCCUCGGAGCUGCGGGGCGGCGGCUACGAGGUCUUCCUGCUCAUGGAGUUCUGCAACGGCGGCGGGCUUAUUGACUUUAUGAAUACGCGCCUGCAGCACCGCCUGACCGAACCCGAAAUUCUCAACAUCUUUGCCGAUGUCGCCGAGGGCGUCGCCUGCAUGCACUACCUCCGUCCACCCCUCUUACACCGCGAUCUCAAAGUCGAGAACGUCCUCAUCACGGUUACCGGUUCCGCCAGGAAAUUCAAGUUGUGCGACUUUGGCUCGGCAGCUCCCCCGCGCCCGGCGCCCACCACCACCGCCGAGUGCCGCGCGAUGGAUGAGGACGUGCAAAAACAUACCACCAUGCAGUACAGGAGUCCGGAGAUGGUCGAUGUGUACCGGAAGCAGCCCAUUGACGAGAAGGCCGACAUCUGGGCGCUCGGCGUCUUAUUAUACAAGCUGUGCUACUACACCACGCCUUUCGAGGACCAGGGACAGCUCGCCAUCCUCAACGCAAGCUACAGAUUUCCCAGUCAUCCCGUCUUCUCCGACAGGCUGAAAGGGCUCAUCGCAUGGAUGUUGCGGGAGAACCCGCAGGUCAGACCCAAUAUUUAUCAGGUGCUCCGGGAGGCUUGCUCCAUGCAAGGCCGGGAGCCCCCCGUCAGAGACAUUUACUCCGGAAAUCCGCAGACGGACGCACAGCGGCGUGAUCAGCCCUUGCCUGUACCUCAAGUCAAGUCUCCACCGAUGGUUGGCGCUGUUUUCGCACCACAGGCGACCCAGCAACAGCCUGUGAUUCCCGAGGUUGAGCGAAUGCGGCGGGGGAGAGUGCCAAUCCCUCACUCUUCACCCCAGCCGAAUCGGCCUAGCCCGUCGCCGGGCAGGGUGACGAACGGUGACCCUUUUGCUGCGCUCGAUGCCAGACCUGCCGUACAGGGCGGAGAUGAACUGUCUUCCAGAUUUCCCACCCUGGAUCAGUUUUCGCUCCUCCACGACAAGGGCCAGAAGUUUGACUUUGACGACAGCCUGUCCAACUUCCAGCAACAACCCAAGGACCUGGCCCAGCGAGUUACUGAAAUAUUAGCGGACGAGGCCUUCCAGGUCAAGCCGUCUCCAGCUGCAGCCCCUGCUCAACCCAGUUCGAGACAGUCAAUGGAUGUCAGCCGAACCGCCCCAGCGGUUAUGUCUCCUCCACUCCAAGCGACCACUGCCCCUCCGAAGCAGUCCGAAGUUAGCCGCGCAUCCGUCAUUAUCUCGAGCACCCCUGAACUACAAGCUAUCUCAUCACAAGCAUCACAACCGCCUCCAAAGCCUGUCAUGGUGUCAACAGGGACGAUGACAUCUCCGGCUCUGGAGCAAGCUCCACCGCCCCAAAUCCGUCGCUUUCCGUCCACUGAGCAUCACCGGGCAGCAAGUGUUCCGCGGGUCCCCGUCACGGACCAAAAUCACUCGCCGCCGGGCGACGGAACGCAGUCGUCGCGAGCAGAGUCUCGGACGCCCUCGUUCCCUAGCGGAGGUGUGCAACAAACGCAUGUACGUUACCCCUCGUCAUCAAGGCCGUCACUGGAAGGCGGGCGGCCGAGCCAGGAGCGGUUAGACCCAGGAAGGCCCAAUUCGCGACUGGCUAUGAGACCGAGGCCUGUCAGUACGCAUUUGGAAUCCAACCUCGACUUUUUGCGGGAACAGGAGUCGAGGUCCAAGUCUCCGGCGUUACCGUCUCCAAGGCACUCUAUGGAUAGGCUGGAGAGAAGUCUGCCCCCAAGCCCAGACGAAGACACCAACAUCGAAUCAAAUGUUGACUUUCUCCGCUCGAUGGAGGACUCGGACCCAAAAAGGAAGGAUAAAGGUUCCAAGAGUCACAUCAAACGAGGCAGCCUUUCAUCUCUUGGUGCUGGCACCAAGAGCAUCCUGGCCGGGAAGUUUGGCGACGCCUUCAAGCGCUUCGAAAGCAACUCGAGCGGCCAGUCCCAGCAUCCACGCGCAUCAUCCCCCCUUAAAGACAUGGAUCGCCAUGUUCUCACGCCCAUUGCAGGCUCAGAAACCGUUGACGGCCGUAGCGACGACGGCCAAACCCGCGACUGGGAGGAAAUGACGCCUGAAAUGCGUCGCGAACAGGAGGCGCGAAUGCUGGCGCAGGAAGAAGCCCGCGUGGCGGCGGCUCAGGCCGAGUAUAAGCAGCGUGUGGGCCAGCGCGGCGGUGGCCCGCCCGUUCUCCCACCCAAGAGCAUCGGAGGCGUCUCGCGGGUUGCAUCGAUUCAGAAUAAGGUCCAGAGUCUUAUUGACGAAAGCACGCGAUCCUCGGCGAGCGUCUCGCGCACCGCGCAGGGGUAUGGGCCUUACUCGGAUGCGGCGAACGCGACGUCUGCUCUCAGGGCUACGGGUGCCGGCGGCGGUGACAGCAGGCCGUUUGUACCGAGGAAACCUGUCGGUACUAGCUCCAACCCGCAGACCACGGGCGCUCAGCAGCAACAGCAGCGACCGCCGACAUCUUCGGGGUCAUCAAUGGAGCUCUUUGCCACGGGCCGAACCACCGCUUCUACUACCACUAUUAGUACCACUACAGGAGGCGCCAGCCGCCCCAUGGCCCCGCCGAAGCCGACACAUCUCAACAAACCGCUCCCUGCCGCGGGCCAAGCGCCGUCCCCGACGAAGCAAAGCCCUCUCCUGCCGAACUCCGCUCAUAUUGCAAGAGGGGCUAUCUCGUCGCCCAAGAUCCGCGGCGAUGCCGGCGGCUUACCGUCCACCUCUGUCUCUGCCGGGGCUAGUGGGAUUGGGACUGAGGCGCUUCUGGCGGUGGACUUACCUAGGGAAGGGGGCGCGGCGCUGCUAAGCAUGACGGCGGCGGAUAAGGAUGAUUAUAUUAGUGAUUUUCAGAAGCGGUUCCCUAGCUUGGGCGCUAUUGAGAUGGUCGAGAGGGAUUUGAGCGCAGAGAAUGGGGGUGAGGGUGGGAGGUCUGGCAGGUGAGCUUAGUUUGGCUAAUGUGAUGAUGGCGCAUGAUGAUGAGUGACGGAGGGGUGUCUAGAAAGGGUUUGCCUUGCCGAGGCGUACUGUACUGUUUUACUGCAUGCGAGGCGACUUUGGAUGCAUUGUUAUACAGUAUACAAAGACAUAGAAAUGUGAGGC